AUGUCUUUCCCGCAUCCCAAAGAAUUCCAAACAGUACCACGUCGCAAGACCGAGGUGACUAUCCGUGAUGGCUACAAGCGCAUCAAAGACGUUUAUAUCCCCACAAGAGAUGGUUCUGAGCUCUGCGGCAACGUCUUCCUGCCAACAAACACCAGCGAUGAGAAGUUCCCAGUGCUUUUUUCCUUCGGUCCUUAUGGAAAAGACAUCCAUUUCGCUGAGUUCGGAAAGCCGAAGACUGAUAUGUAUGCAAAUAUGGCAAAAGCUAUUGUCCCACUUGGACCAGAUGCAUGCUUCGAGACUCCGGAUCCGAUUGUAUGGUGCAAGGAACACGGCUAUGCUCUCCUAAGGGUCGACGUUCGAGGUUCUGGAGGAAGUCCAGGUGUUCUUGACCCCUUCGGUAUCGGCCGAACACAGCUCAUCAAUGAUGAUUCUGAAGGACACGAUUGUUACGAUGUGAUCGAGUGGGCUGGUACUCAAGAAUGGAGCAAUGGAAAGGUGGGAAUGUGUGGCAUAUCGUACCUAGGAAUGGCUUGCUACUGGGCAGCGAUGCAUCAGCCACCCCAUCUCAGCGCAAUUGUCCCAUACGAGGCCUUGGCUGACAAGUACGCUGACACCACCCGACAGGGUGGCCUGUGGCAUUCUGGUUUCCAAAAACACUGGUUUAACAACAUUAUCAUGCCGUCACAAUAUGGAAAGCUUGAAGGCUUGAGCGAAGAACAACUAGCCAAGCAGCGCUUCGAUUUCACACAGCUUGAGACAAAUUGGAUCUGGCGAAGUGAAGGGCCGUGGCCAGUACUCGAUCGCACUCGGGACCUUGCCAAGAUCAAAGUCCCCAUGCUCACAGCUGGUAACUGGAUGGACUCUGAGGUCCACCUUCCCGGUAAUCCCACAUCGUACGAGCGAGCGUCCUCAGAGUGGAAGUUCCUAGAGAUGCAUACUGGCAACCAUCUUGCGGCCUACUAUGACCCCGACCAGAUCAAAAGACAGCUCACUUUCCUUGACUACUUCCUCAAGGGCAAGACAAACAACGGUCUUGAGGGAUCGCCCCGUAUUGAUCUACUCAUCCGGAAAGGUACAGACGACUUUUAUCGCACCGAAAGCUCAUGGCCACCCAAAGAUUCGGUGCAAACACCUUUGUACCUCGCUCCCAACGAAUCGUUGUCAUUCGAGCAGUACAAAGCUUCUUCAGAAGAUGAUGUUCUAUCGUACGCUGGAUUCACUGGCGCCAACUUCUUCCAGACAGAGCCUCUCAAGGAGAAACUUGAGAUCCUGGGGUUCCCGCAUCUCGACUUGACGGUUUCGACAGAUGCAAAGGAUAUGGACAUAUUUGUCUAUUUUUAUGUCAUAGACCCCAACGGCAAAAAACUUGUGUUCCGCGGUAAUCACGACGAACCUGCAGUUUCGUUCCUUCGAAGUUGGUUCCGACUGUCUCAUCGCACACUGUCUAGCAAGUCAACUCCCGAAAGGCCGGUAUUGGAACAGAUGAAGCCGGCACCCAUUGAGGCGAACAAGUGGUACGACGUCAAGGUCCCGGUGGUGUGUACGUCUAUGAUUAUCGAACCGGGACAGAGGCUUGCGAUUGCGAUUCGCGCUAACGAUGAAGAGGAGAUCAUCCCUCCCAUGCGUCAUAUUGGACCAUCCAGGACGGAAGAUCUCCUGGCUGGUACAAAUCGUAUCAAGUUUGGCGGAAAGCUCAUCCUUCCCGUAGUGAAGCGACCUUGA